AUGAGGGAGUUUGUGCUGGCAGACGAGGAGCCGGGGGUCUUGCAGUGGGAGCAAGCUUGUGGCUUUCAUCACUUUUCAGCCUCCUUUUUGGCUCUGAAGUUGCGGCGCGGCAGCUCGCCUCUUGGCAGGCGCCGGCAGCAGGAAUGUGAGGCUGCUCUGUGCUCCCCUCUGCUUUCGGGUGUGAGGGCCCGACGUCCCGCUAGGACGGGCUGCAAAGCAAUGCAACGUGACCGAAUGAAGUGCAGUGCAGUGCAGUGGGUGAUUGUUGUUUCUGCAGCUCAGAGAAAGGGAAGAGGAGCCGCUCCCUGGCGCCCUCGACAAGGCACGGCCGCCCCUUCCUGUUUCGGCAUUUGCUCCUGGACUUUGGCAUGGAAGAAACGGUGGUUCAUGCUUCGCAGUGGCCGUUUGACAGGCGACCCGGACGUGUUGGAGUACUACAAGAAUGACCACGCCAAGAAGCCCAUUCGUGUGAUUGACCUCAACUUGUGUGAGCAGGUGGAUGCCGGGUUGACGUUCAACAAGAAAGACUUGGAGCACAGCUUCAUCUUCGACAUCAAGACCAUCGACCGUGUCUUCUACCUGGUGGCUGACACGGAGGAGGAGAUGAAUAAGUGGGUACGCUGCAUCUGCGACAUCUGUGGCUUCAACCCCACCGAUGAAGAGGCUGCAAAAGCUGCCCACCAGUCCGCCAUCGGGGGUCUGGUGGUGGACACGCCGCCCCACCCGGCGCUCGGCAACAUCCUGGGCCCGGCAGCGGCGGUGCUGUCCAGCGUGCCCCCGCCCUACCAGCCGGUCAGCGUGCGCCAUCUGGACUCCCAGUCCAGCACGGAGGACCUCCCGGAUUACUUAUGGCUGGUUAACUGUGAGAGCAAAAAGCCCGAACCCAACAGCUCCGCGCCGCUUCGCUUGUCUUUGGAGGGAGACCGGGAGUAUUUGCUCCUGGAGGAGUGCGAGAGCAGGACUCUUUCUCCACAGCCUAGUCUAGCCCACGCCGAGUGUUCCAAGUCUACCUCCUCCGAGACGGACCUGAACGACAACGUCCCCACUCACCGCACGCCCACGUCCUCCACGUCCUCGGCCAAACAUACCUCACACAACGGCUACUUCCCGCAGCACCCGGCCUCCGCCUCGUCCCUCUACGACUCGCCGCCCUCCCGCGGCGCCUCCCUCUUAAGCGACAACGGGCUGUACCACCUUCCCCGCAGCUACUCUCAGGACACCGUGCUCCUCCCCAAGUCGGCCUCCUCCCCCACGGCCCACCCGGACGGCAGCGGCGACGGCUCAGAGCUUUACGUCUUCAACACGCCCUCACGCAAACCUUCCAUGGAUAGGCAAAUGCGUGACCUUUCCAUUAGCUAUGACAUCCCGCCGACACCCGGCUCUAACUCCACCUAUCAAGUUCCCCGCACCUUGUCCUCUGCGGGGGUGGGGGGCUCAGACGGGGAUGUAAUGCCCCCACCCAGGCCGCCCAAGCCUUCGCUCAGCUCCUCCUCGGGGCUGCUGCCGCCGCCCCCUGCUGAGCGUUCCCCGACAGACAAUUACUUCGUGCCUCGCUCGGCCUCAGAGACCGACGGAAACUACUGUGUGCCUACUAGUGCUGGGACUAAAGCUUUACGCAGCAACACCAUCGGAACGGUGGACUGCUCGCGCAUCCGCAAAGAUUUCGCCUCCCAGGACUGUUACGACAUUCCGAGAUCAUUCCCAUCUGACAAGAGUUGCUCGUUUGAUUUCAACGAGAGCUUCAACAGCUACUUUAAAAAUAAAGGAAUGAUGCCAGUGGGCAGCCAGUCCACCGAGGAGGUAGACCAGAACUACGUACCCAUGAGUGCCAAUUCCCCGUCGCACCACCACUCGGGCAGCUUGUCGGAGCCCGUGCACGAAACCAACUACGUGCCCAUGACCCCGGGCACCAUGGAGUUCUCCUCGCUGGGGAAGCAAGUCCCGCCGCCUGCCCACAUGGGCUUCCGUUCCAGUCCCAAGACCCCCCCUCGGAGGCCCCUGUUGAGCGACUGCCAGCCGCCGCCUGUUGACCGGAAUCUCAAACCGGACCGCAAAGGUCAAAGUCCUAAAGUAAUAAGAGAAAAAGGAGUCUGUUUAGAGCGAACCGACUCCCAAACCGUAGGGGAAUUUCCAAGGGGACGACGCAAGGGAAGACCAGCUCCAUUGGAGAUUAAACCACUGCCAGAAUGGGAGGAGCCAUGCACGCCGGUCCGCUCCCCCGUCACUCGGUCCUUCGCUCGGGAUCUCUCUAGGUUCCCCAUGCCCGCCAGACCCCCGUCAGUGCAUAGCACCGCCUCCAGCACUGACUCCGAGGACAGUGAUGAGAAUUAUGUAGCCAUGCUCUCUAAUAUGAAGAACCAGUCAGAUGAACCAAACACAAAGCUGGGCGCUCCGAUGACCGUGGAUGGUGGGAGUAGUCCCAUGGUGAAGCCAAAGGGAGACAAACAGGUGGAGUACCUGGAUUUGGAUCUGGACUCCGGCAAGUCUACUCCACCUCGGAAGAUGAAGAGCAACGGAUCCGGCGUGGCGGCGUCGGACGAGCGCGUGGACUACGUGGUCGUGGACCAGCAACGGACGCAAGCCCUCAAGAGCACCCGCGAGGCGUGGAACGACGGCCGCCAAUCCACAGAGACGGACACGACCUCCAAAGGAAGCAAGUGACCCAGACCCGUGACACCCCCGCCGAACCUCCGAACCACUUCUGUACUCCAGUCUCCGGCGCUCCGUCGCCACUCCACCCUCUUUGUAGUUCGCACUGCUGGCAGGUUUUUUUUAUGGAAUAAGCAGCAGGUGGACUGGACUUGUUUUUUUCUGUAGGGGGGGGGGGGGUGCUUAAGAGACUUUCAUAGGACCACCACCAAGUCGACAUUUCCUGAAAUAAAUCCUUAAACAAGACCACCAACCUUUUACUAGUUAGCACGUGUAGCUUGCAGGCUCACCUUUUCUCAUCACCACUUAUAUCUUGACGACGGCAGAAAGUGAUUGUGACUUUUUUUUGUUUUUUUUGUUCCCCCCCUCCCCCCCUCAACGUAGAACAAAAAGAAAGACAGAACUUGCAGGUGUUCACAAGUGUUUCAAGUCUGGAGUUCCGGAAAAAAAAAAAAAUAAUAAAAAAAAGUGUUAUGUAAAUAUCAAACCCGGAGUUGGUUCGUACGGAUUAUUUAGCACGUGGGACUGGAAGGUGUGCGGAUUCUGCAGGGUAGAAUCCUGCUCCGGUCUCCAUCCAGCGCGUUACUGUGAGCUUUCAAGAAGGCUUUUUCUACAAGUUAUGCAAAGCUAUCAAACUUUAAAGGCAGAAUGAGAGAGAGAGAGAGAGAGAGAGAGAGAGUGAUGAAAUCAGGUACUUUUUUUUUCUUCUUUUUUUUUUUAAGAAUGCUUACUAAGUGUACAACUCACAAUCUAAUUUAUUUCUCAGUCUGGUCAGUUUGUUUCACGACUUCCAUCAAUUUUUUGGGGGGGGGGGGGUCUUUGCAUCUUUUGCCUUACUAACCUGUGAAUUCCCACCCGGAACGUUCCCAUAUUACAUGUACUGUCAUCGCUGUAUAUAUUUUUCUUUUGUUUAGUUUAUUUUGCCAUGGAUUUAGAUUCAAAUGUAUCAUUUUUUGACAACGUGCCUACUAAAGUCAUCUACUUUACACUUUUUUUUUUCUUUUUUUUUGCAGUUUCUGCAAAAAUGGACUAUCUUUUUUUUUUUUUUAAUCAUGAGAGAAAAUGUAAAAGUGGACUAAAUAA